CUGGCUGCAAUUGGGGGGGGGGUACUGGGACCACUGGGCGGGGGGACUGGUCCUGGAGCGGGGCGGGGGACACAAGCCUAUGGGAGGGGGCGGGGCCAUCCGGGGAAGCCACGCCCCCUCCCCGCAGGGUGGGUGUGGUCGCCACGCCCAGGCCACGCCCUCGCUGGACCAAAAGGGCGGGGCCAGCCCGGGGAUGUGGGGGGGAGGGGAUGGCGGUGGCUCCUCCGGUGCCCCAUAUGCCCGGGGACCCCGGGGUGAUGCUGCGGGGAGGGGGGGCAGGCAUGGGGAGGGGGCUGCAUGGGGGAGGGGACCACCCAGGGGCUCCCCCUCCGGGGGGAUACCCCCCCCAUUAACAUCUUUUUUCUGGGGGGGUGCGCUUUUUGGGGGAGGGGAGGUGGGCUGAGACCGGAUGGCAGCUCAUCGCCCCCCACCGCAGCCCCCCGCCGCGAGGCGGGGCGGCCUGGAGAAAGGAGAGGGGGGGGGUCGGGGGUGGGGGGGGAUGGGAAAGGCGCACGGCCCCUUUAAAUUUACCCAGGAGCCCUUAAAGGAGCCCCAGGGGCCCCACGGCGGCGUCCCCACCCCGGCCGGACCCUGCCCGCCGCCGCCGCCGCCGCCCCGGGCCCCGCCAUGGAGCCCCCGAACCCCCGCCCCGACCCGGCCCCUCUCCCGCACCCCGACGGCCCAGCCUCCCCGCCAGAGCCGGGGCCGCGGGGAGGCCGCCGGAGCUCGGACCACUGCGAAGCUCGAGCGUCGCGGCCGGGUCGGAGCCGUAUCCCGGGGCGGGAUCACCGACGGUAUUACCACGAGCGCUGGCGAGCCGAGUAUCUGAUGGAAUUCAACGCGGCGCGGCACGGGAUGCUCUGCAUGGUCUGCGGCAGCGCCUUGGCCACCCUCAAGCUCAGCACCAUCAAGCGCCACAUCCGACAGAAACACCCCUAUUCCGGUGCCUGGGGACCCCGGGAGAAGCAGCUCGUCCUCCGCUCCUGGGACGCCCACCUGGGCCUCCACCCCCACCCCGACGCACCCCCCGCCGGCGGCCGCGGGACAGGCUCGCCGUCCCCCGCCCGUCCCCGCCGUCGGGGCUGCCCUCGUCCCCCGUCCCCGCGAGGCGGCAAAGCGUCCCCCUCGGGGGCGGGGGUGACGAGGGGACGCCCCGGGGGGGACUCGCUGCGGGGGUGGCUUCGGGCCGAGCUGCUGCUGGACCUGGAGGCCGGGGGGAACCGGCUGCGGUGCCUCCUCUGCGCCCGCGCCCUGCCCUCGCUGCACCUCGGGGACAUCCGCCGCCACGCGCUGGCCGCCCACCCGGCCACCCUCUGCCUGGGGACAGCCCAGCGCGGCGCCCUGCUGCGCGCCUGCCGGGGACCGCUGGCCGGGGACAGCCGCGGGCCACACGCCCCGCAGCCCCCCAGCCCCGCCGAGGAGGAGGAGGAGGAUGAAGCAGCCGAGGCCGAAGCAGCCGCCGGAGGGGGGGAACAAGGAGGGGCCCCCCCGGGGGGCUGUGGCCGCCGCAGCCCCCCCCUCUUCUCCCUGCACUCUGGGGCCCCCCCGGCCUGCACCGCCUGAGCCCCCCAGGGGAUGGUGACACUGGGGGGGGGGAACUGAGGCACGGGGGGGUGACAGAGACCCCCCCAGUGUCCCCAGCCCCCCCUUUAGAGCCACGCCCCCCCCCCCCAGUAUCACCAGUGCCCCCCCACCCCUCAGAGGUGGCACCUAUGGGUCCCCUCGA